GCCGCCGGGGAAGAUGCCCCUGGCCGCUUACUGCCUCCUGCGAGCUGUGGGCAAGGGCAGCUACGGGGAAGUGAGCCUGGCGCGGCACCGGCACGACGGCAAGCAGUAUGUCAUCAAAAAGUUAAACCUUAAAAAUGCCUCCAGCCGAGAGAGGAAAGCAGCAGAACAAGAGGCUCAGCUGUUAUCCCAGUUGAAACAUCCAAAUAUAGUCACCUAUAGAGAGUCCUGGCAGGGAGAAGAUGGCCUGUUAUAUAUUGUUAUGGGCUUCUGUGAAGGAGGAGAUCUGUAUCAUAAACUUAAAGAGCAGAAGGGCAAACUGCUGUCUGAGAAUCAGGUGGUGGAAUGGUUUGUUCAGAUCGCCAUGGCCUUGCAGUAUUUACAUGAAAAACACAUUCUGCACAGAGAUCUUAAAACUCAAAAUGUUUUUCUAACACGAACUAAUAUCAUCAAAGUGGGUGAUCUCGGAAUAGCCAGAGUGCUGGAAAACCAGUAUGACAUGGCAAGCACCCUCAUCGGCACGCCGUACUACAUGAGCCCUGAACUCUUUUCCAACAAACCCUACAACUACAAGUCUGAUGUUUGGGCAUUGGGCUGCUGCGUUUACGAAAUGGCUACAUUGAAACAUGCCUUUAACGCUAAAGACAUGAACUCUUUGGUUUAUCGAAUUAUUGAAGGAAAGCUGCCUCCCAUGCCAAAGGAUUACAGCCCUCAGUUGGUAGAGAUAAUACGAACUAUGCUCAGUAAAAAGCCUGAGGAGAGACCUAGUGUGAAGAGCAUCUUAAGACAGCCAUAUAUUAAGCAGCAAAUCUCUCUGUUUCUGGAAGCCACGAAGGCGAAAACAGCCAAAAGUCAGAAGAAAACACUGGAUUCUAAACUCAGAGAUCCUUGUUCUGCGGUCUCAGUUAAGAAUGAAUCUCAUAACAGGAAUGUUGCACACCAAAAUCAUUUCUUUGAGCACGCCAGGAAAAAUAAGGUGAAUGAAAAUGAAUGUGUCAUCAAGGAUAAAGCCAUCAAAUUUUGCCCCUCAGAGAAAGCAGCUGUUGAGUUGGGAAGAAAACCAAGCAGUAAUGAUAUGAACAGCCUGGGAGACUCCUUAGCUACAAUUAGUAAAGUGGAUAUUGAUAUCUUGCCAUCUGAAAAGAGGACAUAUGGAAUUGAGAAGUGUGGCAAUGAAUGUAUUCCAGAGGAUAAUAAAGCAAAGUAUUUAAAUGUUGCAGAGAAUUCUAAACCAACAUAUAGCAGAUCACUAAUUAAAGAAGACAGACUGCAGCACAAAACAAAACAAGCUUUCAAAGCUGAAAAUGUUGAGUCUAAGCAGUCUGCUGUUGAUGCUGCAGACUGUGUUGAUGCUGCUACAGAUAAUGAUGACACUUUGAAACUCCUGCAGCCUGUAUCAAAAACCCCAAAGCAAAGUGACCUGAACUUGGAUUCUACUGAAAAGUUGCUAGAACCAUUUGUUCCUGUUUUAAUUCAAGAUGAUGUCUGUCAUGGAACUCCAGGAGACCCACAGGAAAAAAAUGCCUCUCCUUUACAGCCUCAUAGCUCUGUCCACGAACCUUCACUCUCACGGCAGCGACGGCAGAAGAAAAGGGAGUUGUCUGAAGUCUGUCUAGAGAAGUUCAGAGCUGUUGCUCCUCGGCCUUUACCUUUUCCUUCUGAUGUGAAUGCAAAGACAAUACAGAGCUGUGCAGAGCAUCGUGGUGAAGUCUCUGAAUCUGUAAUUAGCGCCAAGAACAGUGAAGUUGCCAUUGGAAAGGAGCGGCCCUUGUCAGCAAGAGAGCGUAGGAGGCUAAAACAGUCUCAGGAAGAGAUGUUUCCUGCUGUGAUUCCAGCAAGACGAGGAUCAAUUAGUGCAGUAGUUGAAGCAAAAUCACAUGUGGAAAAUCAUAUUAAAGUUGCUCAGGCCUCAUCAGAUCCCAGUAUUUCUCAGAAAAAAAGAGGAACCCAUUGCCUGUCUGAUGAUGAGUUAAGCUCCUCCACCAGCUCCACGGAUAAAUCGGAUGGCAAUUCCAAGGAGAAAAAAAGCAGCGUGAAUGAAAUGAAUGAUUUGGUGCAGCUCAUGACGUGGACGCUGAAAAUGGACUCUAAGGAGAAUUCUGAAUGCUGUGCAGUCUCACCUUCUGCCUUGGAGUUUAAACUUCAUAGAAAAUACAGAGACACUUUGAUUUUGCAUGGAAAAUCACCUGAAGAAUCAGAGGAGUUCAAAUUUGAAGAGUUUCCCUCAGGUCUGCACUCGGGUCCUGAAAAGAUUAGGAGAGUGGUUGAAAUCCUACGAUCUGAUGUGGUGCAGGGACUGGGAGUGAAACUUCUGGAGCAAGUGUACAGCAUCCUGGAAGAUGAUGAUGAAGGAAGGAGAGAGCUGCAGUUGCGGGAACACAUGGGAGAGAAGUACGCAAGCUACAGCGUGAAGGCGCGCCACUUGAAAUUCCUCGAGGAAAAUGUGAAGUUCUGAGCAGGUUAAAACUUUUCCCUUAGAGGGAAGAACACAGUUUUAUAGCUUGUUUAAUAGACUGGACCAGCGUAU